AUGAAAGACAUCGAUCGAGGAGAUUUAGCCAUGCCGAAGCCUACAACCAAGUCGAAGCGAGUCCGCACCGGCUGUUUAACAUGUCGAGGCCGCCACUUGAAAUGCGACGAGGCUGUUCCGAUAUGCCGAAACUGCGAAAAGGGCGGUCGAAAAUGCAUACGCGGAAUUCGACUCAACUUCUCAAACACUACGGUGCAUGAUUCGUCUUACAUGGUCCCCGUCGGUACCCGAAAUUUCAUGUUCCAAGAUGAUUCUCGGCGUAUCGCUUCGGAGUACAAGGGCGGGUCAAGCAGAUAUGCAGUUAUUCCGCAGAGCCCGCCUGCCGAAUACAACAUCAAGGCGGAGCUGCAGUCAUCGAGUCCGGAUCCGGAACCAACCGAGCAUAUCCUUCAAGGGCACAUCUGGCAUAUCUACAUAUCACCAGAAUGCUCAAAUUCAACAAGGAGUAUAUAUAGCGACAGCUUGAUACUCCAAGCAACCGAGUGGCGCAAGGGAGGUCAAGUGGAAUCAGGGCCAAUGAGCCUGUCGGAAGUCGAAGAUCGAUCGAAUGUCAGCGAGCCCCCCGAAGACGACAGCGUCACCUGCCCAACGACUACGAUUGCCACUUCUGAACGAGAGUUUCUCGACACGCCUGAGCAGGUCCGGUAUAUGCAAAUCUACGUAGAAGAGGUUGCAGCCUGGAUGGACUCGUUCAACAAGGGCAAGUACUUUGGCGAGUGUCUGCCAUACCGAGCACUCGACUCUCCUUUGCUGCUCUAUUCCCUCCUGGCGUGCGGAAUACGACGCCUGGCACAUCGCCACCCGGAUAUGGGGGAAAUAGCUGCAGCAUACUACAGCACGGCCAACAUGCACCUCUUCCGCUACCACGAGAAUCCAGAACGAGACGUACAAGACUGUUCCAUUGUAGCGGUCAUUCUCAAGCUCUACAACGUCAUGUUCAGAGAAGGGCCGCAGAGCGGGGGUCAUAGCCUUGCCGUGCUCAACUCCAUCAUUGGCGAAAGCCGGUGGAAUGCAGAGAGCGACGGCAUCGGAUCGGCAUGUUUCUGGCUGAAUGCCUACCUAGACAUUGUGGGAAGCCUGGAAGCUGGCUACUGUCUGUACGUCGACUCAUGGAGCGUCGAUGUGGGUUUUCCCGGCGACUGCGGCCAAGUGAUGACGCACAGGGGCGAAGAGCUGUGGGUGCAGAGGAUGCUCUUCAUCCUGGCCAAGGUGAUAAGCUGCCGGCUGUGUGUGCUGUCGUUUACAGAUAUAGAUUUGCGGGAGAACAGGACGCUGGAGGACCGUCUGCCGGAAUGGAAACACUUGAAGCAGCUUUGUGAUCAGUGGAACGAUGCAUGCCCGAGAAACAUGCGGCCAUUGGGAUACAUGUACCCUGACCAAGCAGAAAACAACUCUGCCUUUCCGAAAGCAUGGCUCCCUAAAAGAGAGGCGGUAUUUUGUCGACUCUUGUACCACACGGCACAGUUCAUCCUCACUCAGACGCAUCCGUUGGAGCAAAUGAUGCUCUCGGAGGAAAUGAUUCAGCUUCAGCUGCACCAUGCGCGAGAAGUCUGCGGGAUCGUGGCCCACACAGAGGAUCGCUAUUUGGGACCGAUCUCGAGACAGGCGCUGUUGGUUGCGUCAAGCGCCUUGACGGAAGACGAGGAGCAGAUUGAAGUUUGGGAUGUUCUACAGAGAAUGAAGGCCCAUAUCUAA